UGCUUUAAUUUGUGGGACGCAUUCCAAAUAUAGGCAUUUUUUUCCCCAUCAAAGUAGGUUACAUAGAAGAAAACCGCAUGUCAUCGUGAGUGUUCUCUAAAACGUUCCUUACUUUAUUUGGCUACAUGAGAAAGGCAAAACAGGUGCAGGUACGAGGUACAAUUUGCUUUAAAAAAAAUCUAUAAUCUACAAGAAGAUGAGAGCAUUUUUUAUUUUUGCCCUUUAAGUCAUCAAUCUUAAGAGCUCAUCAGGGUUUACAUCUGGAAGCGAGUGGACGCUGCAGUGAUUCUGUCCUAGUUUCAAUAAGGAAAUGCACGAUGUAAACAAUUAGCGGACAGCUGCCUCCUUUAUUUGCUUGAGGCUGCGUUGACGGCAUUUCUUUUUCUGUCUGCAAGAUCAAACAAGGGGACAAGUCUAGUGGAUCUCCAGCAAUUGCUCACUGAUAAGAUCCGAUACAAGAUAUGGAGCAAAUUAGCCGCCUACCUCUGCAAAGAUAAUAAGAGACACUUUUGGCACAGUCAGAUCAUCAUUAAUAUAAUCGGAAUCAUACUUUGAAAUACGUUGUUUACUUUGUACUGUAUGAUGGUAUAUAAACUAUGCAUCAUGCAGCUGGGUCAUUUUCAACAAUGACAUCUUUGAUUUAUGAAGAACAACUUCAUUCAAAAUUAAAAGAAAAAUCAGCAGUUUAACUUUAACUUUAUCAAUGGGUGUUAAAACUUGAUCAUGUUAUACUUUGAAUUAUUGACAAAUUGCAAAGGUUAAAAUUUAUUAUUGGCGGAAUUUAAUUUUGUAAAGGAGAUUUUUUAUGUUAGUGAGGCUUCCAGCCUUUGAAUGAUGAAAUCAUUGCUAUUGUUGUAUUUAAAAAUAACUUUGAUUGUAGCGCAAAUACUACUUCACUAAACCAGAAAAUAGUUUAUUUUGAUUUGAAUUUUUUUAAAUUGUGUGUUUCUGUAGGAAGUGUCAUCUGCAGUUUGAAACAGAUAUUGGAAAAUAAAUUUGUUUCCUGGGAAAUGGGAAAAUCAAUUGUGAAUUUUGCUUUCCAACUUGUUGUUAGAGAACAACAAAUUCAAUCAAGAAACGUAUUGAAACAUUCAACUAUUAGACGUACAUUGAAAAGUUUUGAGCUGAGAUUAAAUUCACCUGUAAAGUUUAUACACUACUGCAUUUUAGAGUCAUGCUGAAAUUUCACCCCCAAAGUCCACACACUUUUUUUAAGAGCAGUUUAUGUUUAAAUAUUGAAUGAAUAUUUUCUUAAAAUUGAGCUUUAUGGUCAUUGUACCUAAUGCAGUGGCUACUGCCAGACAGUACGUCUCCGGGGAGCCUCCCCCCAGCCCCCAUGCCAAGGUUAAAGGUACAGUGCGUGUGCGUCAGCUGAUGCGAACCGUGACGUCACCGCGGAGGGGGGCGUGCUCUGCAGCGAGUUCAGCCAGCCAGCUCGCCAGCCAUCCCGGAGGGAGGGAGGCCUGCUCGGCUCCCGUGCAUUUUCCUCGCCGCCGCCUGCGCAUCCCCGAGCGCGAUCGGCCGUCCUCCCCGGCGAUCAUGUGCCUCUGCUCGGGAAGUCGGCUUCGUUCCUCCCCCGCCGCUUCCCUCCCAUCGCCCGCGUGGUCGUGCGCUCGGAGAAGCUCCGUCUCCGCCGGCUCGAGCGGCUUCUGAGGUGCGCGGCCGCUGCUGGUCGGAAGCCGGCUGGUGCUCGUUCUCGUCCUCCUGCCGGCACAGUCGCAGCUCAUGGAGGCCCCGGCGCAGGCAGCUCGGGAGUCCUUCCCUCUGCCCACCCUCACCCCGGCAGUGCCCCCUUACGUGACCCUGGGUCUGACGGUCGUCUACAGCGCCUUCUACUUGCUGCUCUUCGUCUUCGUCUACGUUCAACUGUGGUUGGUGUUGCGCUACCGGCACAAGCGUUUCAGCUACCAGACCGUGUUCCUGUUCUUGUGCCUCUUGUGGUCAGCCCUGCGCACGGUGCUCUUCUCCUUUUACUUCAAGAACUUUGUGACGGCCAACACUUUGGGGCCUUUUCCCUUCUGGCUGCUGUACUGCUUCCCCGUGUGCUUGCAGUUCUUCACGCUCAGCCUCAUGAACCUCUACUUUGCACAGGUCGUGUUCAAGGCCAAGUCCAAAUAUGCACCGGAGCUCCUGAGGUACAGGCUGCCGCUGUACCUCGCCUUCCUGUUCGUGAGCGGCCUGUUUUUAGCCGUCAACCUGGUGUGCGCCGUGCUGGUGAGGACGUCCUUUGCGGACGCCCGCGCCGUGGUGUUGGUGAGGGUGGCCAUCAAUGACACCCUCUUUGUCCUGUGCGCCGUCUCGCUUUCGCUGUGUCUCUACAAGAUCGCCAAGAUGUCCCUGGCUAAUAUUUAUCUGGAGUCCAAGGGAACGUCGGUGUGCCAGGUAAGCGCCAUCGGAGCCGCCGUCGUCCUCCUGUACACGUCGAGGGCCUGCUACAACCUGGUGGUUUUAGGACUCUCAAACAAGCGAAUCAACUCCUUUGACUACGACUGGUACAAUGUUUCGGACCAGGCAGAUUUACAGUCCACCCUGGGGGACCUCGGCUACGUCGUUUUUGGGGUGAUCCUGUUCGUAUGGGAGCUGCUCCCCACGUCUCUCGUCGUUUUCUUCUUCAGAGUCCGCCAGCCCAACCUGGACAGGACCGGCUCGGGGCUUCCUGGUCACGUCUUCUCCUCCAGGGCGUAUUUCUUUGACAACCCUCGACGUUACGACAGUGACGAUGACCUCGCGUGGAGCGUCAUGCCUCAGAACAUCCAAGCCAGUUUGGCUGCCGACAGUUUUGAGUGGGGGGGCCAGAGCAACAGCAUCGGCUCGUAUGUCGGAGGGGACGACAUUUACCACCUGCCGCCUCCUUCAGAAGAGCUCAGCCAUUACUGAUAAGAGGUCACAAUGACUUUAUUGACUCCAAAUGUUUUUUUACACACUGUUAUCCCCGUGAAGCACACCAGACUCGAUACGUUCACAUGAGUUCCAGAGAAGAACUGCCAGUAUAUGAAGGACCACUGAUGGGGAAAAUAAUUUGCACAAUCCAUGUACAAAGAGGGCCCAAUCUUCUUGAACAUGUUUCGUUUCUGAUUAAUAUAUUCAAUGAUCUAUUGCAUUAUGCACUGUAACUGUAAUGUAUGAGUGUUCCUUUUCAUACCGAUUUAUUAAUAUAUACUUUAAAUCCUUAAAACAGUCAGAAUGUAGUAAACUGUCAUUUUCAUCUGAUAUAGCCAUACUUAUUUUUGACCUAGACAAGAACAACUAAAGAUACUUUUUGUGCAUGCAGUAAUGUAUGGGUACAUCUCAGUAAAUUUGAAUUUUGUGGAAGAUAAUUGGAGUAGUUUAAUUGAAAAAGUGAAACUCAUUAUAAAGAUUUAACACUCUGUAAAUGACCAAAUGCUGGUCGAUUUUCUAUUAAGAUGUUUGGACCUUUAUUUUAUGCAAUAUUCUGAUUUCUUAAAUUGAAGUUAUUUGUUAGUUAUGAGCGACAUGAUCAAAAUUACAAAAAAAAAAAAAAAAAAAGAAUAGUAAACCAACAUAAUAUUGUACAGGGAUUUCUGCAAAAGUUGGAGAGGGAAAACUGGACUUUUCUUGUUUCACCUUGUAAUCCAAAAGGCUUCUUCAGCUCUGAUUGUUUUUUUUUUGGGUGUGGACUCACUGUUUUGUUUCGGGAGUCCCGUGGGGAUGGUCACAAGAGGGUGUUGUUGUCGCCUGGUGUGAGUGGUAAACGGAACAUUCUGCAUCCCACCUGAUAAUUCCCUGGAUUGAUGGCAAACAGCUCAUUAGGGCUGCUCUGCACGACGUUGCUAUAAGCAGACGACAGACGUGAUGCAUCAAACCUUUAGAGAUUUUGCUUUUCUAGAUUGACAAAAAAGGCCUACUUUUACACUGUUUUCAAACCAGCAGUCCUCCCUUUUCCAGAAUAUGAACAACAUCUUUAGAAACUUCAUGCAAUGUGCCUGUAUAAUUCCAAGCCAUUGAUAAGUACAUUUUGAAUUCUUUGUUGUGGUGUGAUGAAGUCCAGCGGCUCACAAAUCUGAGUUAGAACUUUGUUAGACAAAUUUCUUGUCGUCUUUUGUGGCUGAUGGGAGGAGAGUCUUGUUCCAAUUUUAAGAUUGUUGCUGCACAGUGGAUCCAUCUUGGUAAGUAGGACAGUCAGUCAAAAUUUAAAGGCCAAAAAAUGAAAGGUGAAGCGUCAACAACAAAAAGGUCCAGUUGAUUCACUUUAAUCUUUGCAGGGUACUUUAAUAAGUGACAUGUGCCACCAUAGAUGGAUUUCAAUUCAUUGAGACGCACGUGGACACACAUUGGUCACACUUCAACAAUCUAAGGACAAGUUGUGUAACAUCAAAUGCUCACUUUUUUUUUUUUUUUUUUAACACUCGGAAAGGUAUUUAUCCACCAAACUUUAGUGUUGUACAACCAACCUGAUCUCUCCCCUUUAAGUCAAAAGUAUAUCAUUUGAAACACCCAUGUGGUGGUCUACAGUCUCGACACCACUACAGCAAUCAAUUUAAUCAAGUUUACCAUAACUGAAGAUGAUUUUUUUUUUUUUUUUUUUU